AUGGGGAAGAGGAAGUUCUCGGGUCUGGAGAUCAUCCUGAUGGUGAUGUUCCUGGUGGCGGCUGUGGCGGCCGUGGCCCUGGUGAUCCUGCUGGCCACAGGGGAGCCCGGGGUCAUUACCGAUGGAGGGACUCCAGUUCCACCUCCAGAGGUAGUACCGCAGUGUCGGGACAUGCCCGUGGGAGAGCGCGUGGACUGCUUCCCCGACGCCGGAGCCUCGCAAAGGAAGUGUCUGGAGCGUGGCUGCUGCUGGAAGCCUCUGGAUGAGACCAACGUGCCUUGGUGCUUCUUCUCAGAAAACCACGGCUACAACGUGACCAGCGAUCAGUCAAGCAGCACAAAGGUUGAAGCCACGCUUCAGAGGAAGACGGCUCCCUCCCUCUUUGGUGCUGAUAUUGAGGAACUGUCUUUCCACGCUGAGAUGCAGACGCAGAAUCGACUGAGAUUCAAGAUUACAGAUGCCCAUAAGGCCAGGUUUGAAGUGCCCCACGAGCAUGUCAAGCCUCCCACAAAUCCCCCCGCCGGGCCCCUCAACUACAAGCUGGAGCUGGUCAAGCAACCUUUUGGCAUCAGAGUUAUCAGAGAAUCGACCAAAAAAGUCUUAUUUGACACCACGAUGGGUCCAUUGGUAUUCGCUGACCAGUACCUCCAGCUCUCUGCCAAGCUCUCCUCCGACAACAUCUAUGGCCUCGGGGAGCAUGUGCACCAGCAUUUCCGGCACGAUACCAACUGGAGAACUUGGCCCAUUUUCACAAGGGACGCUUUCCCCAACGGGGGAACUCAUAACCUCUAUGGGCAUUACCCCUUCUUCCUCUGCCUGGAGGACGAGAGUGGCAAGUCCUUUGGCGUCUUCCUGAUGAACAGCAAUGCAAUGGAGGUGACCAUCCAGCCUGCUCCGGCCGUCACUUACCGCACCAUCGGAGGAGUGCUGGACUUCUACGUCAUGCUUGGAGACUCACCGGAGGCCGUGGUGCGAGAGUUCACCGAGUUGGUUGGCAGGCCGACUAUCCCUCCCUACUGGGCGUUUGGGUUCCAGCUGUCCCGCUGGGAUUACGGCAGCCUGGACGAGGUGAAGAGGACGGUGGAGAGGAACCGUGCGGUUGAUCUGCCCUACGAUACCCAGUACACUGACAUUGACUACAUGGAGGACAAGAAGGACUUCACUUACGACCUGGUGAAGUUCAAAGACCUGCCACAGUUUGGAGACUACAUGCAUGCGAAGGGCCAGAGGUACAUCCUGAUUUUGGACCCUGCAAUUGCCAUCUCCCCCAGGCAGAAUGGGCCGUAUCUCGCCCUUGAAAGGGGUAAUGCGAGCAACGCCUGGAUCUGGGAGGCUGACAGAAAGACACCCCUCGUUGGAGAGGUUUGGCCAGGGCUUACUGUCUUCCCGGACUACACAAGUCCAUCAUGCAUUGAGUGGUGGGUUGAUGAGAUCGAGAGGUUCUACAAAGAAGUGAAGCACGAUGCAAUAUGGAUUGAUAUGAAUGAAGUAGCCAGCUUUAUCAAGGGGUCCUCCAAAGGCUGCCCUGACAACACCUUGAAUUACCCACCCUACACUCCAAACAUCCUGGACAAGCAGAUGUACAGUAAGACCUUGUGCAUGGACGCCAAGCAGACGUGGGGAAACCAUUACGACGUACACAGCCUCUACGGUUACUCCAUGACCCUGGCCACCGAUCAGGCGGUGAAGAAGGUGUUUGGCAAGAGCCGCUCCUUCAUCCUGACCCGCUCCUCCUUCCCCGGCGUGGGCAAGUUCUCGGGCCACUGGCUGGGCGACAAUGCGGCUAACUGGAACGACAUCAAGUGGGCCAUCCCCGGAAUGCUGGAGUUUGGCCUCUUUGGGGUGCCUUACAUUGGGGCAGACAUCUGCGGCUUCUUCGAUGACUCUCCGGAGGAACUGUGCCGUCGCUGGAUGCAAGUGGGAGCGUUCUACCCCUUCAGCCGGAACCACAAUGCCCAGGGCUUUGCGCCCCAGGACCCGGCCUUCUAUGGCCCCAACUCCCUGCUUGUGCAGACCUCCAAGCACUACCUGAACAUCCGCUACACCCUGCUGCCCUACCUCUACACCCUCUUCUACAGGGCCCACGUCCACGGAGACACUGUGGUGCGGCCCGUGAUGCACGAGUUUGUCUCUGACAGGAACACUUGGACCGUUGACCGCCAGUUCCUAUGGGGAGCCCACCUGCUCAUCACACCUGUGCUGGAUCCUGGCGUCGAGCGCGUGCAGGCCUACAUCCCAGAUGCCCUGUGGUACGACUAUGAGACGGAGGAGCGUCUGAGUGACCGUAAGAGGUUCAUCGAUAUGCACCUUCCCGCCGACAAGCUGGGCUUGCACAUCAGAGGCGGAGCUAUUCUCCCCACCCAGAGGCCCAAUGUCACCACUACCUACAGUCGUCAGAAUCCCAUGGGACUGAUCAUCGCACUCGAUGAAAACAAAAAGGCGUCAGGAGAGCUAUUCUGGGACGAUGGAGAUUCUCGAGAUACGGUGCCGUCCGGAGCCUAUGUUCACAGUCAGUUUACCGUUGACAAAGGCGCCCUGACUAUUCGGGUCCUGCACAACGGCUACACCGACCCGAAUGGCUUGAAGUUUGAAGACAUCACCGUUUUGGGUGUGAGCGGCCAACCCACGACUGUGACUGUGAACCAAGGGAAUACAAGCACCACAGUGCCUCCGUCAAGCAUUCAAUAUGAUCCAUAUAAAGGAGUGCUGCGUCUCAAGGGCCUGGGGCUGGUGAUGGGGAUGGAUUACCUUGUCAUGUGGGAUGAGAUGAUUGCUGAUUUCGAGCGCAUUGACUGUCACCCUGAGGAAGGCAGCGACGAGGCCAAGUGUAGAGCCAGGGGCUGCAUCUGGCAGACUUCCCAUCUACCCUCGGUCCCCUGGUGCUACUACCCCAAGGACUACGGUUAUAUUGCCACGGCUGUUCAUAACACCUCGAGCGGAUGGAGUUUUGAUAUUGAGAGGAACGCGGAGUACCCCGGCCCCCGAUCGCGCUCAGCUGAUAUAGUGAGGCUGCGUGUGGAGAUCUCCUACCUCUCAGGGCACUCGCUGCGCUUUAAGAUCUACGACCCAGCUACGAAUCGCUAUGAGGUGCCCGUGCCGAUACAUCUGCCCCCUACUCCAGAGACGGACGAGGCGAGGAGGAUGUACGAGGUGCAGGUGGUGCAUCAGCCCUUCGGCAUCAAGGUGGCCAGGAAGAGUACUGGAACUGUCAUAUGGGACUCGGCGCUGCCCGGCUUCACCUUCUCUGACAUGUUCAUCCAGGUGUCCACCCGUCUCGCGUCGGAGUACGUCUAUGGCUUCGGCGAGACGGAGCACCCGACCUACCGCCACGACCUGAACUGGCAUACGUGGGGCAUGUUCGCAAAGGACCAGCCCCCCGGGUACAAGAUGAACUGCUACGGUGUUCACCCCUUCUACAUGGGUCUGGAGAAGACUACUGAUGCCCACGGGGUGCUGCUACUCAACAGCAAUGCCAUGGAUGUGACCUUCCAGCCCACUCCGGCUCUCACCUACCGUACGCUGGGGGGCAUCCUGGACUUCUUUGUCUUCAUGGGACCCUCGCCUGAGCAGGUGGUGCAGCAGUACACAGAGAUGAUUGGCCGCCCGGUUCUACCUGCCUAUUGGUCCCUUGGGUUCCAGCUGUGUCGCUAUGGAUACACUAAUGACCAGGAAAUCGCAGAUUUAUACGGAAACAUGACAGAAGCUGGAAUUCCCUAUGAUGUCCAGUAUGCUGAUAUUGACUACAUGGAGAGACAGCUGGACUUUGUCCUGGAUCAUGAGUUCCAGGGUCUGCCUGCUCUGGUGGACCGGAUGAGAGGAGAGGGCAUGCGCUUCAUCUUCAUCCUGGAUCCUGCCAUCUCAGGCAAUGAGACGGAGCCGUAUCCAGCCUUCACCAGAGGUGUGGAGCAGGAUGUCUUCAUCAAAUGGCCCAAGGAGCUCAGCAGUGAUAUAGUCUGGGGAAAGGUGUGGCCUGACUUCCCCAAUGUCACCAUUGAUCCCAGUCUGGAUUGGGACUCUCAGGUUGAGUUCUAUAGGUCCUAUGCUGCCUUCCCGGACUUCUUCAAGAACAGCACAGCGGCGUGGUGGCUGCAGGAGAUUCACGACUUCUACCAUAACACAAUGAAGUUUGAUGGCUUGUGGAUUGACAUGAACGAGCCCGCCAGCUUUGUCCACGGCACCGUCGGCGGAAAGUGUCUCGGCCCGGAGAUCUAUGACUUUCCUCCCUACAUGCCACCGCUGGAGUCUAUGCACCUGGGCCUGAAGCACAAGACGCUGUGCAUGAACAGUCAACAGCACCUGGCUGACGGCACGCCAGUCAAGCAUUACGACGUGCACAAUCUUUACGGCUGGUCCCACACCAAGCCCACCUACGAUGCUCUGCUAAGUGUGACUGGGAAAAGGGGCAUCGUGGUGACCCGCUCCACGUACCCGACCAGCGGCCAGUGGGCAGGGCACUGGCUGGGGGACAACGCAGCUGCCUGGGACCAGCUGUACAAAUCCAUCAUAGGGAUGAUGGAGUUCAGUUUGUUUGGCAUCCCUUACACUGGUGCGGACAUUUGCGGCUUCUUCAACCCAGCGGAGCGUGAGAUGUGCCUGCGCUGGAUGCAGCUCGGGGCCUUCUAUCCUUUCUCCAGAAACCACAACGGCCUGGGCAACCCGAGGCAAGACCCAGUGGCCUGGGAUGAGGCGUUUGCGGUGGCGUCGCGGGACGUGCUCAACAUCCGCUACACUCUGCUGCCCUACCUCUACACGCUGAUGUUCCAGGCCCACGCCCGCGGCGACACGGUGGUGCGACCCCUCCUGCAUGAGUUUGUGACUGACAGGACGACGUGGGAUAUCCACAAGCAGUUCCUGUGGGGCCCGGCAUUGCUGAUCUCACCUGCUCUUGAUCCAGGUGUCACAGAAGUCCGCGGUUACCUACCAGAUGCCCCCUGGUACGAUUAUUACACGGGUAUACCAAUGGGAGUUAGAGCUCAGGUCGUAACUAUGCCCACACCACUGGACCACAUCAACCUGCACGUGCGUGGAGGCUACAUCCUGCCUUGGCAGAAGCCAGAAAACAACACCUUCUACAGUCGUAAGAACCCCAUGGGACUCCUGGUCGCCCUUGGUGAUGACGGAUCAGCGCAAGGCUCCCUGUUCUGGGAUGAUGGCGAGGGCAUCGAUACUUAUGAAAAGAACCAGCACCUUUUGAUGACCUUCAGAGCAGACAAGAAUGUGCUGCACAGUACGCUUGACCACAACGGCAUGGCUGCUAAGGACUUCCUGACUCUGGGAGACGUGAAGGUGUGGGGUACUGGCACUGUGUCCAUCAAGACAGUCGUCCUCAAGAAAACAGGAUCCCCAGAUGCACCGUUGGAAUUCACACAUGACACUCGCACACAGGAGCUGGUUAUUCAUGCUUCAAAGUCAUCUCAUGUUCUGCAUGAGACUUUCUCCAUUGCGUGGAGCACAUAAAGAUGACCUGU